GGGGACUCUCAUCACCGCUGUUUACCGAAACUGGGACAAAGACUCAUGAAAAUUUUAAGUAAACAUGUGAUAAGACCUGUUCCUUGUUGAAACAUACAUAAUGAUAAGCGGCAGCACCGACACUGCCAUUUCACGACUCCAUGACAUUGGCGGUAACUUUGUUUUGAGCGGGACAUCUAAAAUGGCUGUCUCGAUGAUUCAGUUAAUAGGAUUCAUGUUGUCUGCGUUGGGGCAAUUUUUAAUAUCGGCAGCAACAGCAAUGGACAUGUGGAGCUUACAGGACCGAUCUCUUACAGUUGUAACAAAUGUUUACACCUAUUCUGGGCUGUGGAACUCAUGUGUAGGGACAGCAUAUGGUACAACACAGUGCAGGCCUUAUUUUACCAUACUAGGACUGCCAGCUCUGCUCCAAGCCGUCCGAGCCUUGAUGAUUGUCGGUAUUGUUCUUGGAGCCAUCGGCUGUCUCAUCGCCAUCUUUGCACUUAAGUGCUUGAAAAUGGGCAACAUGGAGGACAACAUCAAAGCCACGAUGACUCUGACGGCCGGGAUCCUGUCUCUUCUUGCAGGUGUCUGUGGCAUUGCUGGGGUGUCAGCUUUUGCUAACCUGAUUGUGCAGAGUUUUCGGUUCACGACGUACGCCGAUGGUGGGUACAGUACGUUUGGAGGAGCGAAUGUUGGUGGACUCACAGGAUCUCUGACUCCAAGGUAUACUUUUGGCCCGGCUCUUUUUGUGGGCUGGAUCGGUGGAGCUAUCUUGUUCAUUGGAGGCGUCAUGAUGUGUCUGGCCUGCCGUGGAAUGUCUUCAGAUGGGAAGCGACGGUACGAUGGGAUGGCCUACAAAGCUGCCUCUGUCCACACUAUCUACAAGUCGGACACCAGACCACAUCCAGCCUACAAUGAUUCCUACAAGGCUCAGAGUGUGGGUGGAAAGCAGUCGAACCAGAGAUUUGACUAUGUGUAAAAUCAUGUCACUCUUAUAGAUACCUCUUUUUUUAUUUUCUACAGCUCUGUAUUGAUCCAUGACUUUUCUCUUAUCUUUUUGUCUGCACUGAUGGGAAGAAUAGCUAUUUUUUUAUUUCUCUAUUCUUUAAUUUGACAGAACUAGGCUACUAAACAUUUAAGGUGUGUUUUUAUUUAAAAAAAAUUCUAGUAGCAUUAUAUAAUCCUUAUUAUGAAAUGCUGUUUUGUGAUUCUUUUUGUGUCAAAUAAAAACAAGGGUGAUUCUUAUUUUGUCAAACACAAGAUUUACCACCACAUGUAGCACAAAAUGAGCAUAAUGUCAGAACCUGGAAUUGGUUGCAACUUAGCACAGUUGUAAUGUAAUGUAAUGGAAGAAUCACUAAAUUAAAAAAGUUAACACAAAAUAAACUGUUUUUCAUGUAGUAAUUAGUUGUUACUGAAAAUGAACUGAAAUGACUACAAAAGUAACGUUAGCUUGUUAAUAUAUUAGCUACAUGUUUAGCAUGGAGAGGAAAAGAAGUAAUACAUGGUUGAUGGUUGGCAUAUCUUACUUGACACUUCAAAAUGCUGUUUAAUAAUAAUAAUAAUGUAAACUGAAAUUACAUUUAAAAAAUUUAACCCCAUGCUUCUCAAAUUAGCCUACAUCACAUUAUGCUAACAUCGUUAGCCUAAAUGACCAAAUAACCAUUGUAAGGUUAGCUUAACUGGAUACAUUUUCUCCAUGUAUUUUGCCAUGUAUGUAUAUAUAAAUAAAGUCAUACCUUCAUUAACAAAGAUUGUCUGGUUAAGAUACAACUAAAACAAUUUUUUCUAGCAGUUACAACUUACAGUUUUGUCCUUUUUACACAGGCUUGUUGAUUCCUUUUGAUACUUAUGUUUCUUAGGCAAAGAUUUACAUAUUACCAGUCUUCAUUUGUCUUUAUAGCCAAGACAUUUGCAAAUGUUGUUACACUUACACUGUAGAUACACCCCUAUCAAAAAAUGUUGUAAAAAAACACACUUGUAUAAUUAAUUCAGUUAGGUUUUACUAGAUUAGCAUGUGUUGUAUUCAUGGUAUUUUAUGAACACUGACUGUUGCAGAAUAUAAUUAAAACAUUUAACAUGAUUUAACGCUGCAAAUUUAAAGAAGUGGGAGAAAAUGAAAUUACAUCCACUGUUCAUCUGAAAAAAAAUCAGUUUUGCAUAUCCUGUCAUACAAGCAAUGAUCAAACCACCUGAAACAAACACCCAUAUUGAUGAUUGUGUUGUUGUUUAUCCUAUUAGUGUUAUCGAGAAAAUGCAGUGGUCAUCAGUUUAUCCAUGGUAGUUAUCUGUUAUCUCCAGGCCUCCAGCACCAUAUGACAAAUAAAAUAAUUCUCACAUUG